UGACAAAGUCAUCGCACGACUUCGUCCACAUGCCUGCAAGUAGCCCCAAUGGUAUCUCACAGGCAGGAUGCACUAGUGAUGCACGAUUCCCAGGCACAUAAGUAGCUCACAAUGCUACGCUCAGCUCAAGUUUCGACACUAACAAAGGAUGUCUUCGUUGUGCGAUAUCUGCUCGGAUCUGGACGUCAGGAGACUGCUGACCUCACCAGAUAGUAAUGAAGAAACAGAACUUGGAAGCUUGGAAGAAAUCGAAGAACGAAGUGAACAAUGCGAGCUAUGCAAAGUCAUCCUUUCAGCUAUCCGCUACGGGCCAUGGGCAUACAGAGGCAAACUCGGCGAGGAAGACGGCUUCGUCCUCGUGCCUCUCUGGACAGUGGCUCUUCAGUGCAAAUCCGGUGAAAACGAAGACCCCAUCAGAGCGUACAGGCUUCAUAUCUACACGAAUGAGUUCGAAGAUGCUGGAGAUGUGAUGCUCGAUGCUGAGGACUCAUUCCGCAUCAAGCGGCCUGGCAUCGGUUAUGGAAGACGCGUUGCGCCAGAAACUAUCAGCUACGAUGUCGUCAAACACUGGAUCUCUACAUGUGAGAAGAGCCACGGGGAGUGUAAUGCCACGUAUCGAUCUGUGCAAGCUGUUCAACAGUUGCCUGAGCAGUCACUUCUGAUAGAUGUGAAGAGGCAUUGCUUAGUGCAAGCUCCUCAAGACGCCAACUACGCCGCUCUCAGCUACAAAUGGGGCGAUGCCAAGCAAUAUCUCACCCUUCAGCAGGAGUUCCCAGAUUUGCAGAUCGAGGGGGCACUGACUUCGCGGUCUCUACCGUCCACGGUCCGGGAUGCGAUCACAUUGACCAGGGAGAUCGGACUCGACUAUGUGUGGGUAGAUGCACUCUGCAUCAUACAAGACAGCCCAACACACAAGGCUGCUCAGAUUGGUCAGAUGCAUCUGGUAUAUGGCUGUGCCACUGUGACUAUAGUUGCAGCGUCGAGUGCUGAUGCCAACGAUGGCAUGGUAGGUGUCAGCGGCAAGCCACGAGACAUCGUGCAAGCGUCGACGACCAUCGAUGGGCUUCGCUUAUUCCCGCGAACGUGCUUUUUGGGCCGGAUCAUGAAUGGCUCCGAAUACAAUACACGUGCUUGGACCUAUCAAGAAUCGUCGCUCGCCAGAAGAAUCCUGUACGUGACUUCAAGAGGAGUUUCAAUGCUAUGCUGCACUACACUCUUUAGUGAGGAAAUCAAGCUUGAGAACGAUGCAUGCGAUACACGAGACUGCCAAAAGCACUCUUUGAAUAUGGCUACCGAACAGAGAAACGUAUGGCGAGAAUUCAUCGGCAAGCAAAGAAAGCAAAAGUCCACAUCCGGAUGUACAGAGGCCUGCAAGAUGCGGGUCAGGCAAAGUUACAACGAAAGCAGACUUCCCAACCUGCCCAAGCCAACUCAUACGGCUGAGACCAAGGACUGGUCUGGCACGUACUUCAGUGCUUGCGAAGACUGUCUAGCAUUCAAUCGACGCAGCGAAGCAGAAUGGCUGAUGUAUCUCGAUGCGGUCCGAAGCUACACUCAUCGACAAAUGCGAUUCGAAUCAGACCGCUUACCAGCUUUUGCGGGUAUUGCUGGAAUCUUGGCAGACCAGUAUGACACCAAGUUCUUGUUCGGUCUUCCAGAAAAGUACCUCGAGUUGGCCUUACUGUGGGCGCCUCGCAAGCAAUUAAGCCAGCCAUGUCGCAGAGACGGCCUUCGAGGUAUUCCAACCUGGAGUUGGGCUUCGCAUGAGAUCUCCGCAGGGUAUAGCGGGGACAACUGGCUCACGACUGAAGUCGAUUGGUAUCGAGCCCAUGGCGACGGAAUCAAACCUGUGCACAGUCUGAAGACGUAUGGAACUCACGCUCUCCUUCGAAAGGACUUUCACAAACCUGUCAAUUUGCUCGAUCUCAAGAAUCAUGGCCUGUUACCACUGGACGAUACUGCACUCUACGGCUGGGUCCAAAGCUCCUCGGAUUUCUUCCUCAAGGACUUACAAGUUCAUACCGCGGACCAGAAACCUGUCACAUCAGCAUUGGGAUAUGUACGAUUCAGCGACGUACCUCCCAAGUACGAUCUCGAUUAUCAGCCUGUUGAGGUUAUACUGUUAUCGCGCAGUUAUCAUACGCCGAUUCAGAAUGUCUACGACGAGAAUUGGGAUUUACAACCACAUACUAUAAAUCUUAUUGUCGUGGAGAGAGACGGCAACGCGGUGAAGAGAUUAGCUAAAGCUGAUAUCAAUGAUGUCAAAGCAUGGAAAGACGCGAAGAAAGAAUGGAAAUUGGUCAAAUUUAUUUGAUUGUGAGGGGCAGAGCUACUCGAUCGUCAACGUGCGUACUUGUCAAGAUCAUACCUCAAGCGAGAUAAGUCAAAUGUAUUUGACUAUGAGGGCCAGA